AGCAGCGCUGGGCGGCCCUGAGCCAGGCGGGCAGGCGCGCCCCCCUCCCUCCCUCCCGAGCCCGACAUGUGAGGCGCUGCCUGGAAAGGCCCGCUCAAGCUGCCGCCAGCCCCGCCUACGAUGGAGCCCACGGCCUCAGGCGUCUUCUGCGGCCGAGUGCUCAGCAUGGUCAACUCGGAGGACGUGAACGCCAUCAUCCUGGCCCAGAAGAACAUGCUGGACCGAUUUGAGAAAACCAACGAGAUGCUCCUGAACUUCAACAACCUGUCCGGCGUCCGCAUGCAGCAAAUGAACGACCGCUUCCUCCACCACACCCGGACGCUGGUGGAGAUGAAGAAAGACCUAGAUAGCAUCUUCCGGAGGAUCAGGACGCUGAAAGGGAAGCUAGCAAAACAGUAUCCAGAGGCAUUUAGCAAUAUUCACGAAUCUCCCAUCCUGGAAGACGAUGACUUUGACCCCAUACCCAAGAGCACGGCCACAACCAUCGCUACCUCGGAGCAGAGCACGGAGUCCUGUGACACCAGCCCGGACAUCAUUUCUCCCGCCACCAGCCACGACUUCGAAGACCUCUCCCAGGGGCCCUGCGACUCGCCGGCGGUGAACGGGCAGAGCGUCACAGACGACGGCAACGAGACGGACUAGUCCGCGCAUUUUAAGCUUCUGCGGGGGGGCGGGCGCAAAGGCCGGGACUUCCUCCUCGCGGCUGGACAUGCCAACUUUGGACACCCUUCUUUUCUUUUUUUUCUAAUCUGUAUUCUCUAUGUUGUCUUGGCUGACGAUUUUCUGUCUGGGGAGAACGGGGCUUUUGCACGAACCACCAUCGUCCUAUUGGUGCUGAUCUGUGAUUUAUGCCAAAUAAGCAUAGCCUUGAGCGGGGAAUUCACUUCCUUUUUUCUUUUCUUUUUCUGGGGGGAGAAGGAUGGCCAGUUGCAUAACUCAGUGCUUGUACCAAGGGCUGCCUCCAAACUUCAAGCUAACACUUCCCCCCCAUACGCUAUUGGAAGGAUCCCGGGAACCCGAGCUAUGUCAUUCAGCAUUCCCCAAUCUGGCAGUCCAGAUGUCUCGGACUGCAACUCCCGUUGUCCAGGAAUGAUGGGAAUUGCGGUUCGAUAUUUCUGGGCAAUGCCAGGUUGGGGAAGGCUGAAGUUGACCCUCUGUAUAAGCGCUGGUCAGUCAGCUAUACAUCUUUGCAGUGACUACAGGCUGGCUCAGCCGUCUUAAGAAGUUGAGGACUAUAUGAGACCAAAGCCGUAAGGGCGUCUGCAGUGAUGGCCAGCUGAAGUUGGCUCAGCUACCUUGAGGGCACGCGUUGUUUUAAUGUUUAGAGGCGGGGGAAGUUUGCCGUAAAAAAACCCGAGCGAAAACGUGUCGCUCCAGCAGGCCAUCUUCCCCAUCUGCUUCUUCGGCAAAGUUUGCCGGAAUCCUCUCUCGCGUCGGUCCUCCUUUGGAGCGAGCCGUGUCCCUGCACAAUCCUCAUUCCCACCCGGGCGAGGUUUCCCAAAAAAACAGGCCCUCCCCCUCAAGCUUUUGGCCAAGAUCUCCUUCCCCAGCUAACUUGACAAAGAGUCAAAACGCUCUAUAUUCGCCGGUUCUUCUAACGCCCUCCCCAAAAAGUGUAUGGUUUCCCCGCGCAAUCUUUUAAUCAUCUUAACGAUGCACCUUAUAACUUACAUGAUGGCCUGUACGCACCUCUGCAGCUUGCCUUGCGCUGUCUCUUAACGUGGAGUCGUCUUGACUGCUGCACCCACCUGUCACUUGUCACGUCGAACAAUCCAGUCGGAUUUUUCUUCCGUUCUGUUUAGAUCCCCUUUUACGGCACCCUCAGUUAUCGUAAUGCCAGUGGGCGUCUGUCUUCUUUAUUUGGUUUCCGAGCCCCGAAAGGGUCAGCCACCCUCUGUAUUAAGGGUUCUCUGGUACAGCUAAAUUUGUUAAACGGCGGUUGGUGCGUUGCCUCCUUCCGCUAAUGUGAUCUCCUGAAAUGCGUUGUAAUUCAAAGAAGAAUAUUUUUGUACUGCUACAAGUUUACAGAGAUUAAUGAGGUAAUAACCAAUAAAGGAGUUAAGUUAAUA